CACUGUAAGCCUUUGAUGUAAAAUUACAGUUAAAUCUGAACAGUAUUUUACUGUAUCACUGCCAUACAGUAUCAUACUGUAAACUGCAAUGCAAUCUGGGAGAAAAAAAAAAGAUUACAGCAAUUUCAGAGAAUUCAUUCUUUUUACAAUAUUACUGCACUUUUACUGUAAACUGCUAAGCAUUAUGGGAAGGUGAAAGAAAAGUGUGGGAAAACAGGAUUCUAGACCAUCGGUCCUCAGAAAAACUGCUCAGCCAACUGCAGAUGCCUGGAGCUGCCCAACGUCCUCCACACUGUUCACAGACAAAGGAGUCUUGCGAGUUGCGACUUCCCCUUCACCCCAGACCUCUUCACAGCCGAAGUUGCGGCUCUGCUGCACAAAGCCACUGUGAAUCGGUCACAACCGAGCUGCAUCACAGAUGCCCGGAGCUGCCUGACGUCCUCCACCCUCUCCAGAGAGCAAAACGAGUCCUGCAAGAUCUUCUUUUUUUUUUUUUUUUCAUAACCAAAGUUGGAUUUUUUCAUCCUUUUGGUGCAAGUCACAAGCAGUUACAGGAAAACCUGCCCAGCCAUCUUCCAGUAGUUGCCUGAUGGCCUCCUCACUGUCCACAGAGAUGCUGGAGCCUUGUGAUGUGAUAAGGGAGGCCAUUGUCUCUGCACUUCCCAGUAUCCCUGUCGAAUCACUAGGUCGUAUGAUGGAGAAGUUGAUACAACAAGGAGUGGAAACAGAGGAAGACCUGCAGUAUGUGAGAGAACAAGACAUUGAAGACUUCAUAAAGCCAAUUCAGUGCAGAAAACUUCUGGCUUCCUGGAAACGCAAAGAGCCCAUGUCUAUUUCUGCCCCACCAACGCAGAUGUCCUCAUGCAUCUCACUGGACCAGAGCUCCUCACACUCAAGCAGUUCCUUGUCCUGUCCUUCAGCAUCACCCUUGCCUGCUGGGAAAAACUGGCCUGACGCUUUUAAAGUAAACUGGGAAAAGAUGACUUCCAGUCUUAACAUGUGCCUCCAGAAUGGAAAAAGGCCCACACCAGCAGAUAGGAGACAGAUGAUCCGUGUACUGGUUGAUGACAUACGGAAAAUUGAGGUGAAUCCAAGCAGAGCCCAGUGUCUUAUCAUUGCAACAGACAUUGUGCGACAGUAUCCCCAGUCAUUUAUGGAUACACUGGAUGAUGGCAGAACAACUGUGGGGGCAGGUUAUGAAUCUCUUCUGUGUCAAAUAAAAACACGCAUUGAACACUUAAACAGAAACAACACACUUGCUCGUCGCAGAGCAUCAAAGGCUACAAAUGGAACUAAACCCCAGCGAAGACCUACAGACACAUACGGUUGCACACAAUGGCAGCCUGAACUUCCACCUGAGGAGACAGAGGCAUCUCUAGAAGAUGAUAGACAAAAGCUGAUGGAGCUCUUUUCUAGAGAAGGUUCUUCAGGAAUGGAAAGAGCAGAAGUGUUAAAACUUAUGGAAAAGACAUACUACUUGCAGCGUCAAAUGAUAAAUGCAAAUCCUGCUCCAGCCUUGGAACAUGUGAAGCAACAAUGGCCAUAUUUGUUCUUCCCAAGGAGCAUGUGCACUCACUUUGAAGUUCUGACCGAUGUGUCAAUUGUCCGAAAGAUUGAGGCUUUUCUUGAAGAGCAUGGCAAAAACAUCAUGGAGUUCUUCAAAAAAAAUCCAACCAAUGAUGACGUGAAGAAUGUUCUCUUCAGGACUGACUGUAGUGUGACUGCUUCAAACAUCCUCCAGGUGUUAAUGGCACACUUCAAGGAGCCACUGGAUGCCCUCAUCAUCCAAACUGAUAACCUGUCCGUCCAGGUGAGGGAGCGUCGACUGCAUCUGCAGCACCCGCCCUGGAAACGAGCAGGAGGGGUCAGAGGUCAUCGGAUCUACAGACAGCAGCCGUCCAGGAUGCUGAUGCUGAAGAGCGGCGCUGAAGAAACUCUGAGGAACUGCUGA